AGUGCACUUGUCUUCGUAGUGUACAGGCACCUUAUUGCCAUGCUCAUCUUGGCUCCUCUUGCUUAUGUGCUCGAAAGGUUCAAGGAGCAUGUCUCAUUAGAAUUGUUGAGAAUAAGAUAUAUGACUACAAAUUGAAUGUUUUUAAACUCAUCUCAUGGUUGUAGGAAUCGAAGACCCAGCUUCUCAUUUGGUGUCAUGCUAAAAAUAUUCAUUCUUGCUAUGUUGGGUAUAACAAUUCAGCAAAAUGUAUACUACGUUGGACUCCAUCUCAUUUCUCCAACUGUUGCCAGUGCCUUGGGCAAUGUCAUUCCUGCUUUUACUUUCUUAUUGGCAAUUGUACUGAGGAUGGAAAAGCUCAACUUGAAGACUGUAAGAGGGAGGGCCAAGCUUGCAGGGGCCAUCUUCUGCAUCACUGGUUCCCUGAUCUUCACAUUUUGGAAAGGUCAUUUUGUUGGGGGCCUUUGUUACUUCACCUAUGAUCCAACUUCAUUUCGAAAGUCCUGAGAAAGGCGAUGCCUGGCUUAAAGGCUCUGCUCUUAUGCUAUUCGGCUAUUUUGCAUGCAGUGUAUCACUUGUUCUUCAGGUAUUGCGUCAAUGGUGUCCCUUGUGUUGUCACAUGUAUCGCUUUUGAUGUAAAAAGA